AUCAUGCCGGACGAAGAAAUUGAACAACGUAUUAAUUUAAAAUUUUUAGUGAAACUUGGAAAAUCUGCGACCGAAAGUUUUAAUUUAUUAACUGAAGUAUAUGGAGAUAGUGUCCUAUCACGACCACGUGUUUUUGAGUGGUACAAACGAUUUCGUGAGGGUCGUGAAGAAAUUGAAGACAAUCAACGGGUGAGUCGUCCAUACUCCUCAAAAACUAACGAUAACAUUUCAAAAAUCAAUGAAAUUGUGCGAAAAGAUCGAUGUCUGAGUAUUCGAAUGAUAGCUGAGAUGGUUAAUAUCGACAAGGAGACCGUUAGACAAAUUUUGCACGAUGAAUUAAACAUGACAAAAGUCUGCACCAAAAUGGUGCCUAAAAACCUCACUCUGGAACAGAAAGACGGUAGGCGACAAAUUUGCGUUGACAUUCUUGAACGGAUGGAAAAUGAACGAGAUUUGUUGAAAAAGGUAAUAACAUGCGAUGAAACUUAGAUUUUCCAAUAUGACCCCGAAACUAAGAGACAAUCCAUGCAUUGGAAGACUUCCGAAUCACCAAAAUUGAAAAAAGCUCGAAUGAGCAAGUCGAAACUGAAGGCCAUGUUGAUCGUAUUUUUUGAUAUUAAGGGUGUAAUAAUGACAGAAUGGAUACCUCAGGGACAAACUGUGAAUCAACAUUAUUACCUUCAAGUAUUGACAACACUCAGGGAACGAGUAAGAAGAAAGCGGCCUGAGUUGUGGGAAAAUGACUCUUGGAUCUUGCAUCGAGACAAUGCACUGGCUCACAGUGCCUUAUCUGUAAAGCAAUUUCUAGCUAAAAAUCGAACUCAAAUGCUUCAACACCCCCCAUAUUCACCAAAUCUCGCUCCAUGCGACUUUUGCCUUUUUCCAAAACUAAAAAAUGCGUUGAAGGGCACACAUUUUGAGUCAGUUGAAGCUGUGAAAACAAAAGCGACAGAGGUGUUAAAGACAUUGCAAGAAAAGGAUUUCCAACACUGUUUCAACCAAUGGAAAAUUAGAAUGGAGCGAUGUGUCAAACAUGGAGGGGAGUAUAUAGAAGGGGAAAAAUGUUAAACCAUUAAAAAAUAUAAAUAAAAAGUUUUUA